AUGGUCAAUGAAACAGCAUUGACAGAAUUCCUCAUCUUAGGGUUCUCCAGUCUACAGCACCUUCAGCUGCUGAUUUUCUUUAUCUUUAUCAUCACUUACAUCUGUACUCUGGUGGGGAACAUCUCUAUCAUUACCAUUGCUUGCCUGGACCCUCAGCUUCACACCCCCAUGUACUUCUUCCUAGGGAACCUCUCCUUUCUGGAUAUCUGUUAUACCACUACCAAUGUCCCUCAGAUGCUGGUGCACCUGCUGUCUGACAGGAAGAGCAUCUCAUAUGCUGGGUGUGUAAUUCAGCUCUAUUUCUUUCUCUCCUUUGUAGGUACAGAGUGCAUUCUUCUGGCUGCCAUGGCCUAUGAUCGUUUUGUAGCUAUCUGUCACCCUUUGCAUUACACAGUCAUGAUGAGGAAAGAACUCUGCCUUCAUUUGGCUGGAGCCUCCUGGGCAAGUGGUUUUCUCAACUCAGCUUUGCACACCUAUUUCACCUUCCACCUGCCUUUCUGCGGAGCCAAUAAACUUAACUAUUUCUUUUGUGAUAUCCCUCCACUUCUGUUGCUUUCCUGUGGGGACACCACACUCAAUGAGACCAUUCUUCUUGUGGUUGGGGUCUUCAUAGGAUGGACCCCAUUUGUCUGCAUAGUUCUCUCCUAUGUCUACAUAAUCUCCACUAUCCUGAAGAUAAGCUCCUCUGAAGGGAGACUCAAAGCAUUCUCCACUUGUGCCUCACACCUGACUAUUGUCCUCAUGUAUUAUGGGAGCUCCAUCUUCACCUAUGUCCGGCCAAUAUCAACUUAUUCAUUAGACAAAGAUAGACUAAUUUCUGUUCUUUACAGCAUUGUCACACCCAUGUUAAACCCUUUGAUCUACACCUUGAGAAAUAAGGAUGUUAAAGGUUCUCUAAAAAGAAUCUUAACCAGGAAACUGUAUUCAAAAUGA